UCAGCGGGACUGAUUAAGAGCAAGAUAUGUCAACCCCCCCUCUUGCUGGGGCAAGCAUGCCGCCUGGUGCUUUCGCAGGGACACAGGCUCAAGCAGCUAGAGAGGUAAACACAGCUUCUCUCUGUCGAAUUGGGCAGGAGACGGUGCAAGACAUUGUAUUUCGAACCAUGGAAAUCUUCCAGUUACUGAGGAACAUGCAGUUACCGAAUGGUGUUACUUAUCAUACUGGAACAUAUCAAGACAGACUGGGAAAGCUGCAGGAACAUCUCCGUCAGCUAUCAAUACUCUUCAGAAAACUGAGAUUAGUCUAUGAUAAAUGCAAUGAAAACUGUGCUGGGCUUGAUCCUAUUCCCAUAGAACAACUUAUUCCAUACGUUGAAGAAGAUGGCUCCAAGCAUGAUGAUCGUGGUGCUGCAAGUCAGCUUCGUUUUGCUAGUGAAGAGAGAAGGGAAAUCAUGGAAGUAAAUAAGAAACUGAAACAGAAGAAUCAGCAGCUGAAGCAGAUCAUGGAUCAGUUACGGAAUCUUAUCUGGGACAUAAAUGCCAUGCUGGCAAUGCGGAACUGAACAAAGAAGAUCAAACUUUGUAAUAGGAAGAGAUACAGAUUUGUUUGGAUAUACUUAAUUU